AUGGGCAAUGGGUCGGUGAAACCCAAGCACCCCAAGCACCCCGAUGGCCGCGCGGGGCCCCCGGGGGUGCAGGCGCUGCGGGCCAGGGUGGCCGAGCUGGAGAGCGAGCUGCGGCGGAGGGAGGCGGACGUCCAGGAGCGCGAGUACCAGCUGAAGGAGCUGCGGGAGCAGCUGGCCAAGCAGACGGCGGCCGUGGCGGAGCUCACGGAGCAGCUGCAGGCCAAGUGCGUCCAGCUCAACCAGCUGCAGGACGUGGUGCGCUCACAGGGCGGCGGCGCGCCGCAGGCCUCGCCCGGGAAGGCGCCGCUGGACGUCCACCGCGAGGCCUCGGGCUUGGUCUCCCUGCACAGCAGGCGGGGGGCAAAGGCCGGGGUGUCUGCGGAGCCCACGAGCCGGACUUACGACCUCAACAAGCCCCCGGAGUUCUCCUUCGAGAAGGCGAGAGUCAGGAAGGACUCCAGUGAGAAGAAGCUCAUUACAGAUGCCCUUAAUAAAAACCAGUUUCUAAAGAGACUGGAUCCUCAGCAGAUCAAAGACAUGGUGGAAUGCAUGUACGGGAGGAACUACCAGCAAGGCAGUUACAUUAUUAAGCAAGGAGAACCAGGAAACCACAUCUUUGUGCUAGCAGAGGGCCGACUAGAGGUGUUCCAAGGGGAGAAGUUUCUAUCAUCCAUCCCUAUGUGGACCACGUUUGGGGAACUAGCCAUUUUAUACAACUGUACAAGAACUGCCUCCGUGAAAGCUAUUACCAACGUUAAAACAUGGGCACUAGAUCGAGAGGUGUUCCAGAACAUAAUGAGAAGGACGGCUCAAGCUAGAGACGAACAGUACAGAAACUUCCUCAGGAGUGUAUCCUUGCUGAAGAAUUUGCCUGAAGAUAAACUAACCAAGAUCAUUGACUGCUUGGAAGUGGAAUACUAUGACAAAGGGGACUACAUUAUCAGAGAGGGCGAGGAAGGAAGUACCUUCUUCAUCUUAGCGAAAGGAAAGGUAAAAGUCACCCAGAGCACAGAGGGCCAUGAUCAGCCACAACUGAUAAAAACACUGCAGAAAGGAGAAUACUUUGGGGAAAAAGCUCUUAUCAGUGAGGACGUCAGAUCAGCUAACAUUAUUGCUGAAGAAAACGAUGUGGCGUGCCUGGUUAUAGAUCGAGAAACAUUCAACCAGACAGUCGGGACUUUUGAGGAACUCCAGAAAUACCUUGAAGGGUAUGUGGCCAACCUGACCCGGGAUGAUGAGAAAAGACAUGCGAAGAGAUCCAUGUCUAACUGGAAGCUGUCCAAAGCACUCUCGCUGGAGAUGAUUCAGCUGAAGGAGAAGGUGGCCAGAUUCUCCUCCUCAUCCCCAUUCCAGAACCUUGAGAUUAUUGCAACACUGGGCGUUGGUGGGUUCGGAAGAGUUGAGCUUGUUAAGGUGAAGAAUGAGAAUGUGGCUUUUGCUAUGAAGUGCAUACGGAAGAAGCACAUAGUGGAUACGAAGCAGCAGGAGCACGUCUACUCAGAGAAGAGGAUUCUGGAAGAGCUGUGUUCUCCCUUCAUCGUGAAAUUGUAUCGCACUUUCAAGGACACUAAGUAUGUAUACAUGCUUCUGGAGGCCUGCUUAGGUGGGGAGCUGUGGAGUAUAUUAAGGGACAGGGGCAGCUUCGAUGAAGCCACCUCCAAGUUCUGCGUCGCUUGCGUGACGGAAGCGUUUGACUACCUGCACCGACUAGGUAUCAUCUACAGAGACCUGAAGCCAGAAAACCUAAUUCUAGAUGCUGAGGGUUAUCUGAAGUUGGUUGACUUUGGAUUUGCUAAGAAAAUAGGAUCUGGACAGAAGACAUGGACAUUCUGCGGAACUCCAGAGUAUGUAGCUCCUGAAGUCAUUCUCAACAAAGGACAUGACUUCAGUGUGGAUUUUUGGUCUCUGGGGAUUCUAGUGUAUGAGCUCCUAACGGGCAACCCUCCCUUUUCUGGGAUCGACCAGAUGAUGACCUAUAAUCUGAUUCUCAAAGGAAUUGAAAAAAUGGAUUUUCCCAGAAAGAUCACAAGAAGACCUGAGGAUUUGAUUCGGAGGCUUUGCAGGCAAAAUCCAACAGAAAGACUUGGAAAUCUGAAGAAUGGAAUCAAUGACAUUAAGAAACACAGGUGGUUAAAUGGUUUUAAUUGGGAGGGACUGAAAGCACGGAACCUUCCAUCACCUUUGCAGAGAGAGCUCAGUGGACCCACAGACCACAGCUACUUUGACAAGUAUCCUCCUGAAAAAGGAGUGCCUCCGGAUGAGCUGUCAGGCUGGGAUAAAGACUUUUGACCGAAGAAAAGAUGAUUAUUGUCUCUACAUCCGGAAGAGGACUCUAAGGACCAAUAAUCCAGCAGCGAUCGCUUCUCUCUUUGGAGUGUUAUGAUGUCUCUGGGGAGACCAUUAGGGAAGAGAAUUCCCUGCCCCUGAGCUGGGUGGACAGUGUGGAUAUGAAGGUGGUUCCAAGCUAUAAUGUCUCAUUUAGAUGCUCUGAAUUAUUCAUGUAUUAUUCUAUUCUUUGCUCUUCUCAAAUGUUGGAGGCCAUUCUCUUCCCCUCUCAAUAGUCAGAACCAUUUUUGUUGAUGGGGCAUCAUUUUCUCUGCGUUCUAUUCCUCCAUCCCAAUCAUACUUGUCUCCUUUGAGUCCUAAUAAGGUUUAAAAAGUGUCUUGCCUUUGAGCAACUAAGUCACGCAAAUGGAAGGAAGAACACGGUUGAACUUUGGAAGACUUCUCCUGCUCUCAACAAUUCCAUGUAAGCAUUGUGGCAUCUUAAAGCCGUGGUCUGCAGAAACUUGCAUAGUCGAUAUAAGCUCUUGAUUUUGCCCUGCAUUCAACCUAGAAACAUAUUAACAUGCAUCUAAUACUAGUCUGGGGAAAGGUAAGUUUAAGUAUUAGUCAAUGGUGCCACUUCCGAGAAUAAAUGAGUUAUCUCACCCAGCCAGCAAUCAUAUUCCAAUGGGGAACUUUGAAAAAAUAAAGCAAAAAAUAUUUUU